AUGACACACAAUGACGAUAUAAAUAAAUAUGAUAUUAAUAACUUGUCAUUGUUUUACAAUAAUAAAGUAUCAAGAUGGAGUCCAACUAUAAUUUGGAGAGGACAAGGCGGAAGAAAUCGUGUAGUUUUCUAA